AUGUUGACUAAGGCAGUGAUUGUGCUUCUGUUUAGUCUUGUGGUAUGGGCUUAUCAAACAAUAAAGCCUCCACCGCCAAAGAUAUGUGGCCUCCCCAAUGGUCCUCCUGUUACUUCACCACGAAUCAAGCUUGGUGAUGGAAGGUAUUUGGCAUACCAAGAGAGAGGCGUUGUCAAAGAGAACGCUAAGUACAAGAUCAUUGUUGUUCAUGGGUUCGACAACUCGAAGGACAUGAAUUUAGCUGCGUCUCAAGAACUAAUUGAUGAGUUGGGAAUAUACUUCUUAUUAUUUGACAGAGCCGGGUAUGGAGAGAGCGAUCCAAAUCCAAAUCGCUCGGUGAAGAGUGAAGCAUUUGACAUACAAGAACUUGCAGACCAGCUAGAACUAGGGUCUAAAUUUUAUGUGCUUGGAGUUUCCAUGGGAAGUUAUCCCAUUUGGGGUUGCCUCAAAUACAUACCUGACAGGCUAGCAGGUGCAGCUCUAAUAGUUCCGGUUGUAAAUUACUGGUGGCCUUCGUUUCCUUCCAAUCUAUCCAGGGAGGGUUAUGGGAAACUACCAUUGCCAGAUCAAUGGAGUAUUCGGGUUGCACACUAUGCGCCUUGGCUACUAUACUGGUGGAUGACACAGAAUUGGUUCUCCUCAUCAUCGAUAGUGAAGAGCCACCCAGAAAUUUUUAGUACCCGAGACAAAGACAUCCUGAAGAAGAUGGCUGCAAAUCUGAAUCGUAAUCAGACUAAGGUACGACAGCAAGGUAUUUUUGAAUCUCUCCAUCACGAUUAUAUGGUAGGUUUUGGAAAUUGGGAGUUUGAUCCGAUGAAUCUGAGCAAUCCAUUUCCUCAAGAGAGCAAAAUUGUUCACAUCUGGCAAGGUUAUGAGGAUCGUCUCGUGCCAUUUCAACUACAAAGGUUUGUUGCAGAGAAGCUGCCCUGGAUUUGGUACCAUGAAGUUGACAAUGGUGGACAUUUGAUACAUCAUGAUAGUGACUUAUUCGAAACCAUGUUAAGGAAGCUUUUGCUUUGA